UCUAUCCCUUUUUCAACCCUUUUAUCAAGUUCCUUUUUCUUCGAAUCCCACCUUUUUCCUUCUUGUAACUUCAAAUUCAAUCAUUGCUACCUUCUUCUCGAAACGAGUCAUGCCUGCUGCUUAAUUCUCUCUAUAACAAUGGCCAUUAUUCUACACACCUAUCUCAUCGUUCUUGCAUUUCUCUUCAUCUUCAUCACUCAAGGCAGACAGCUUCCCAAUGCCCACCUGAUGAAAGAUGAGGAAAUAAGGGAAGAAAUGAGGUCUGUGAUAGGAUCAAGGCCACCAAAAUGUAAAGAGAGAUGUGGGAAGUGUGGGCAUUGUGAAGCAGUUGAAGUUCCAAUAGGAGCAGCUAUCAAAUAUGGGAAAAUGCCAAGAAAUAGAGCUGAAUAUUCGAGAGGAGAUGAUGUCUCUGCUUACAAGCCCAUGUGUUGGAAGUGUAAAUGUGGGAAUUUCAUUUUCAACCCUUAG